AUGGCCGCCGGAGGUGACCCCGUGCUGCACGAAGAAGCAGUGCUUCAUCGUGUUCUGAACGAGCUACCUGAGCCUCUCCCGCCCGGGCCGACCCAAAGCGAAACCCCGAAUGCCACGGAGAGCCAGGCUGUGGAGACGCUUCGGCGGCUACUGGACGAUGUCCACAGCUACCGAGGGUCCGCUAGAACUGGUGCCGACAAAGUCUCGCAAUACAUCGCAGUUCUGGAGGACCUGAACCAUCGAGACGAACUGGAACAGACGAUGGUGACCCCGGAUGCUGAAGAAACAGAUCUCUCAGAUCCGGCGACCGGACAAGCUGUGCAGUCCAUCGGCUCCCUGCAGCACGAUGCGGGCACCUGCAAGCCAUGCGCCUUUUUCCACAAGCCGAAGCCGGGUCCGCGCGCGUCCAGCAAGGGCAACAAGAUUGGUUGGAUCGGUUGCAUGGCUGGGGAGGAGUGCACCUUCUGCCACAUCUGCCCUCCGUGGGAGAAGAAGCGGCGACAGAAGGUCAUGCAGCAGCUGGCCAAGGCAGAGAAAGCAGCCGCAGUCGGCACGCUGCCACAGCGAGCCAGCGCGCGAUCCGCGCCCGAUGCACGCUGUGAGACCUCCUGGGCACCCAGCAUUACGCUGCGGUGA